AUGUCUAUAUUACGGACAGUGUUAUUUAAACACUAUAUUAAUUAUUCAAAAUAUUCAAGGAAUUCCUUGAUAUUUAUAUCAAAACAAAAAGACAAAACGUUUAAUAUAGCAAAAAGAAAAUUCAAUAGUAGCUUUAAGGAAUAUAUAACAAAUGACACUAGUAAAUUAAAAAAUCUUUCACCAAUUUUAAAGUUUGGUUGUGGUAGUUUAGGUUGUAUAGCAGUAACAUACGUAAUAAAAUCACAUAUUUCUACUGUUGAAGCCAAAGCGCUUAAACUUUCAGAAAAUAUUAAAAAAGACAGUGAAUUGACUUUUAAAUGGAAAAAGUUUUUAGAAUAUUUAUAUCCAUAUCUUUGGCAAUUAUUAGUAGCUUUAUCAAGUGCAAUGGUUGUUGCUAUUUUAAAUAUAUGGAUACCACAAGGUGUGGGAAAUAUAAUAAAUGUACUAACAAAAAUCUGUCAAACUAAGGGAGAAGAUAUUAUGAGAAAUAUGUUAUUGCAACUGGCAGAGCCUGCAUUUGCAUUGGCACGUAUGUAUAUUAUACAGGCAUUUUUUACUUUUGUAUAUAUUUAUAUGCUUUCACAUGUUGGUGAAAGAAUAGCAAUGAAUUUGAGACAAGAUUUAUUUAAAUCAAUUAUAAUGCAAGACAUCACAUUUUUUGAUAAAAAUCGUAGUGGUGAAAUAGUAAGUCGUUUAACCAGUGAUAUUCAAGAUUUUAAAAGUACCUUUAAGAUAUGCAUAUCACAAGGCUUAAGAAGUAUUACGCAAAUUAUUGGAUGUAUAGUUUCUGUAAUAGGGAUUUCACCACAAUUGACUGCAGCUACAGUGUUAUCUUUGCCUACCAUAAUUCUUAUUGGUACAAUGCUUGGAAGAGGCUUAAGAAAAUUAUCUAUGGAGGCACAGAAUCAACUUGCUAAAUCUACAGAUGUUUGUGAGGAAGCCAUACAAAAUAUUAGAACGGUGAAAGCAUUUGCAGCUGAAGAGAAAGAGAUAGAAAUGUUUUAUAAAGAAACUACAUUAGGGUCUAAGCUGUAUGAAAAAUUAGGUUUAGGAAUUGGUUUGUUUCAAGGAGGAACAAAUCUAUUUCUUAAUGGUAUCUUACUUUGUACCUUAUAUUUUGGUGGACAUUUAUUAUCCACAGGACAAUUAUCUCCGGGAGAAUUAAUGGCAUUUUUAAUGGCUACGCAAACUAUACAAAAAUCUUUAUCGCAAUUAUCGUUGCUAUUUGGUUCAUAUGUUAAAGGUAUUAGCGCUGGCGCUAGAGUUUUUGAGUACUUGGAAAUGCCACCUUCACCAAUGAUGGUUAGUGGAGAAAUUAUUAGAGAUCAAUCUUUCGCAGGAAAUAUCACUUUUAAAGACGUGAAAUUUAGUUAUCCUACUAGACCGGACCAUGUUAUUUUAAAGAAUUUUAACUUACACAUUNNNGCUGGAAAAACAGUAGCUAUUGUUGGUUCUAGCGGUAAUGGGAAAUCAACGAUAGCUGCUUUAUUAGAAAGGUUUUAUGAUGUUAAUGAUGGCUCAAUUACAAUUGAUGGGAAAGAUUUAAGGUCACUUAAUGCUAGUUACCUUAGAGGUAACGUUUUAGGAUACAUAGACCAAGAACCUAUUUUAUUUGCUACUAGCAUCAUGGAAAAUAUACGGUAUGGAAAACCAGAUGCUACAAAUGAAGAUGUCAUUGAAGCCGCGAAAGAAGCAAAUGCUCAUGAAUUUAUUAUGAAAUUCCCAAGUAAGUAUGAUACACAAGUAGGGGAAAGAGGAGCGCAACUUUCCGGUGGACAAAAACAGCGUAUCGCAAUCGCAAGAGCAUUACUAAAAAAACCAUCCAUUUUAAUUUUAGACGAAGCUACAAGUGCGUUAGAUUACGAGAGUGAAAGAAUUGUACAAAAAGCACUAGACAAUGUUACUCAAGGAAGAACAGUUUUAAUAAUUGCUCACAGAUUAAGUACGAUUAAAAAUGCCGACGUCAUCGUUGUAUUACAACGAGGAAUGAUCGCAGAAAUGGGUACUCAUAUAGAAUUGAUUAAAAAGAAAGGCCUAUAUUAUUCUUUAGUGAAUGAACAAAUCAAAGAAAAUGCAUAAUAUUAAUAGGACUCUGAAACAGUACAAUUUCUAGAAAACAUAUUUAUUCUAAAAUAACAAUAUUAUUUGGGAAUGUUCGGUGAACUACCUCAGCUCCUAAUAUUAUCUUCGUUAAAAUACGCUGGAUAUGGUGCCUUAACUUAUCAGCGAUACUUAAUACUACUGACGCAAUAGA